UAGCUUUUGUUUUUUCUAACUUUUCAUUUGGCUAUGUAGUGAGUGUUUGUCUAAUUGUAAACCUACCUAGAUGGACCACGUGGGGUCGCUGUAGACCGUAAAGUGUAAUUUAGAUAUCAUUUCAUGCAGGUCAUUGUACUAACCCGUCCCUGCGAAUGCUUCACAGCACCUCAUGGCACUAGGGAAAUGUCUGCAUUUGGUUGUGCUUUUGUAGCAAACGGCGUCUUUACAGCUUAGUCUUUUUAAUCACACAGUUUGAAGUGUUGCUUUUGCUUUAGGAUGGAUGCUAUUUUUGUGUCUCUGUCCACUGGGAUUCUGCUCUCUCUUCUUUUCUUGGAUUUAUCCUCGGGUCAGAUCGUGUAUUCGGUCUCGGAGGAAGUAAACGAGGGAGCCGUUGUUGGGAAUGUAGCAAAGGAUCUGCACAUCAGCGUUCAGGAUCUGGAAGCCCGAAUGUUUCAGAUCAUUUCCGCAUCUAACAAAAAGUAUUUUGAGGUCAAUCUGAAGACCGGGGCUUUGUUUGUUAAUGAAAGGAUUGAUCGAGAGGCGUUGUGCUCCACAGCUCGGAAAUGUUCCGUCCAUAUAGAGGCUAUGGCUCACAACCCGCUAAGGAUGUUUCGUAUUGAGGUAAAUAUAAUAGACAUAAAUGACAAUUCUCCGACUUUUCCUAGCAGUAGCCAGAUACUGAACAUAUCCGAGAUGUCAGCACCUGGAGAGAAAUUCGCUUUGCCUGUAGCUGAGGAUCCAGACACGGGAAGCAAUACAGUCAAAACCUAUAAAUUAACCCCUAACGAACACUUUUCUUUAGAUGUACAAAAUGGGGAGGAGAUUAUCUCCGUCGAGCUAGUGUUACAGAAAGCUUUAGAUCGAGAAACCCAGCCAGUGAUUCAUAUGGUCCUAAGUGCUUUUGAUGGAGGAAAGCCUCCGAUGUCUGGGACAUUAGAAAUCGUUGUAAAUGUUCUGGAUUUUAACGACAACCCCCCCGUUUUCAGUCAACAGCUUUACAAAGUAAAGGUGAAUGAGAAUUCUGCUUUUGGUGCUCAGGUCAUUUCCCUCUCAGCAACAGAUUUCGAUGAAGGAGAUAACAGUGAAAUUACGUAUGCUAUAGUCAGGCAAGGCAAUGCUAAAGGCUCGGAUCUGUUUUCAAUUCACCCUGAGAGUGGAAUUAUAACAGUCAAAGGUGAAAUCGAUUAUGAGGAAAAUCCUGCUGUUGAAUUAAGAGUUGAGGCUAAAGAUAAGGGCCAACCUCCUAAAAGUUCUCAAUGCAAAGUGUUGGUUGAAAUUAUUGAUAUGAAUGACAAUCCACCGGAAAUAGUGAUGACCUCACUCACGAGUAAUGUCCGAGAAGACUCUAAAGAGGGCACAGCGGUGGCUUUAUUUACAGUUUCUGACAAAGAUGCAGGUAAAAAUGGAGUGGUGCAUUGCAACAUUUUAGGCCCUGUUCCUUUUAAAAUAGAGUCUUCCUAUAGAAAUUAUUAUUCAUUAGUUGUAAACGGACCACUGGACCGGGAGAAAGUUGCUGCGUAUAAUAUCACGAUAAAAGCCACAGAUGAAGGGAGUCCAUCCCUGUCUAGCAUCAGCGUCUUAAGAGUUCAUAUUGGUGACGUCAAUGAUCAUGCUCCUGUCUUUUCUAAACCCGUUAUAAAUGUUCAUAUUAAGGAAAACAGUCCCGCUGGGAUUGUAAUAGCGCAAGUAAGUGCACAUGACGCGGAUGUGAACGAAAACGCGCAUAUAUCAUACGCAUUGCUUGGUACAACGAAAGCCGACAUGCUUUUAGAGAUAAACCCGGAAAGUGGUGAUAUAUACAGUAAACGAUCGUUUAAUUAUGAGGAGAUCAAAAUGUUCCAAGUUCGAGUUCAGGCCACUGACUCCGGAGCUCCACCUCUGAGCAGCAAUCUGACCGUGAACGUUUUUAUAAUCGACGAAAAUGACAACGCCCCGGUGAUUCUACCGCCUUACUACGAGUCAGGUUCCAUCAACACUGAGAACAUUCCCUACUCUGCUGAAGCGGGCUAUUUUGUGGCUAAAGUCAGAGCUGUAGACGCUGAUUCAGGUUAUAAUGCUCUAUUAUCUUAUCACAUAAGUGAAGCAAAGGGAACGAAUCUCUUCCGAAUCGGAACCAGCACAGGAGAAAUAAGGACUAAAAGACGAAUGAGUGACAAUGACUUAAAAACUCACCCGCUUAUCAUUACUGUCUCGGAUAAUGGAGAACCUUCACUGUCCACAACUAUGAGUAUUGAAGUUGUGGUUGUGGAAAAUAUGGACAGGCUGCAGCCUUCACUAAGACAAGUGCCAGUGAAGGAGGAGAAUUUCUCUAAUCUGAAUCUCUAUCUGCUGAUCGCUAUUGUCUCAGUGUCAGUGAUAUUUUUACUGAGCCUCAUCGCUUUAAUAGCAGCUAAAUGCUACGGGACAGACGGAGGUUUCAGCAGGUCCAGCGCUCCAGUGGUCACUACACACCCUGACGGGAGCUGGUCUUACUCUAAAUCCACUCAGCAGUAUGAUGUGUGUUUUAGCUCAGACACACUGAAGAGUGACGUAGUGGUUUUCCCCUCGCCGUUUCCGCCUGCAGACGCAGAGCUGAUCAGCAUUAAUGGAGGAGACACUUUUAACAGGACACAAACUCUUCCGAGUACUACAAAGGUAGGAGAGUUUUUUAAUUUUUGUAUUCUGUUUGGGAAAAAUUUAUAUAGGCAGCAGAUUUAUGAACUAUUCUUUAGCACGUUUUGUCACUUUAUUUUGCGGAACAACAUGGCUAAUAGUUCGUACGAACCAAAUCUAUCUACAACUUAAUUUUUUUUACUCUAUUAGUUUAUUUAUUAUUUUGGAUUUUGAAAACGCAUUUUGUUUACCUUCGCG